AUGCCGGCAGCACCGGCGAACUCAUCCGAAGUUGUCUUUCCUAGAAAAAUGAUUAUGAUAUAUCUGCACAAUCGAAUGACCAUCUUCAGGAUCAUAUUCCCACCUAUGGGCCCAGGCCCCAGGAGCAAUCUCCCUCUCCCACCUUCCCCUCCCACCUGGAGACUUACUGGACACGCAUUGCCGCAAUUCCUACCAUCCCUCACUAUAGCAGGAUGGAUUGAAAAAUACGGUCCUGUGGUCACCAUUCGGUCAAAAUUCGCAAGGGUCGUUAUUAUCGGCCGUUACAAAGCAGCCAUGGAUAUUAUGGAGAACCAGGGGAGAUUUACACGUGACCGUCCUCGCAAUAUUGCUGUUGGAGAGUUAUUUAAUGGCGGACUGAAUAUCGCAUUUUCACCAUUUGGGGACAGAGUCCGUCGGAUGCGUAGAGCACUUCACUCGCAUCUACAGCCUACAGCAGCUGAGGCGUAUGAGCCCCUGCAGAUGUCACACGCAAGAAACACAGUUCUCGACAUUCUCCAUGAUCCACACAACUUCGAGGACCACGUGACAACUUAUAGUUCAACAACAAUCAUGAAAGUUGCAUAUGGGAAGACUGCCCCAACAUCUGCAACAGAUCCCGAAGUCAUUGCGCUUCGUCGACGCCUUCAGUUCAUUAUCAGGUCAAUGGUCGCGCUUCCCGGCGCUUACCUAGUAGACUUCAUCCCAUGGCUCAAAUAUCUUCCUUGGUAUGCGCGAGACUUGAAACAGGGGUUUGAAAGGGAAAAGAAACUCAACAUUGGCCGGCUGAAUCUCGUGAAAGAGAAAAUGAAGGACGCGGACUUUGGCCCUUCGUUCAUGAGUUAUAUGCUAGAAAAUGACCAUCUCCAUGGUUUGACAGAGACCGAGAUGGCCUUUCUUGGUGGUGUCUUCUUUGGAGCUGGUACCAGCACGACUUCUGCGGCAAUAUGCACAGUACUCUUGGCAGCUGCAUGUUUCCCCGAGGAGCAAGCCAAAGUUCAGGCUGAACUCGAUGCAGUCACCGGAAGGCACCAAGCGCCGACGUUCGCCGACAAAGAAUCCCUUCCUCGCCUGCAAGCAUUUAUCUCUGAGGCUUUAAGAUGGAGACCAAUCUUGCCUACGGGUGCAUUGGCUCACCGGACAACUCACGACGUGAUAUGGGAAAAAUAUUGCAUUCCAGCUGGGACUACGUUAUAUGGCGACCAUUGGUCGAUCUCUCGUGAUCCUGACGUCUACCCAGAGCCUGAGUCGUUCAAGCCUCAGCGCUGGAUUGACGACCAAGGUCGCCUGAGAGACGAUCUGAAAUUCGUCCUCUUUGGCUUUGGUCGGCGCGUAUGCCCCGGCCAACAUGUCGCGAACAGAUCGAUGUUUAUCAACUCGCUCCUCAUCUUAUGGGCCUUCAAGCUCACUCUGGAUCCUACGAAGCCGUUAAAUGACAUGGGAUUCAUGACUGGGGUGGCGUUGGAUACCCCGCGGUGCCCAAUCGAGUUCGAGACUAGGAUUCCGGAAUCAGAGCUCAGGCGCCUGAUGCAGCAUUAUUCAUGA